AUUGUUUUCCUUUUUUCUAGCUAUCUGGUCUGGGUGUGGGAAUUACUUUGUUCAUGCUAAAUAAAGUGGUGUUAAGUUGGAUUGAGUUUAACCUUUGAGGAUUAAUUGCCAAAGCAGUAGAUUGAACGAUGGCUUUGAUCACUCGACAGCCUUCUCGAAAAGGAAAGUAUGCACCUGCACUCAAGAACAUUCAAAAUGAGCAGAUGUCAAAGCUGCAGACCAAACAUGCAAAUGAAGCAGAUCUGCUUGAGGACAUUAGGAAUUUCACCAGGCAGAGGUCAGCCUUGGAAAAGUCAUAUGCAGAGGGUCUGCUGAAGCUCUCUGCUACAUAUCUUGGAAAGAAAUUGGUGAACCUUCCAGAAUUAGGCCAAGAGGAACAGAGGAGUCAGUGGAAUGUGUUUUCAGUAUGGAAGACUCUCCUGGACGAGACAGAGAAAAUUGCAAAGACACGUUUGGCUGCUGUGGAAGUUUUUCAAACUCAGAUUUCUGAUGAUGCAAAGAAUGUCAGGGGUCAAAAGCUCAUUGUUGGCAAGAAGUGUCUUGAUCAACUAGGAGUUAUUCACAAAGAGAUACUUGUCUGCAUCCAAGAGCUUGACAAAACCAAGAAGAUCUACUUUGAUGAAGAACAUGUUGCCCAUGAUGCUCGAGCCAAGGCUAUGGAUGCUGAAGAAAAGUCAUUUGCACUUUCUGCCAAGAGGGAUCAGUGUGAUGAGAAGGCGACUCAGGCACGUAAUGAUUACAUCCUCCAACUGGCUGCUGCUAAUGCCCAUCAGAAACGAGUCUCAGACAUAGACCUUUCCCACCUCAUUCAUACAAUGGAGUGUAAAUUUUAUGAGAAAGUGGCUGAGUAUCUGAUUCUGUUUGGAAAAACUGAACUUGUCACUUGUGCAGCUGCUGAGACGGCCUUCUCCAAUGUGCAGCACAAAGCACAGACAAUCACCCGAGACUACAAUUGGCAGUGUUAUGUGGAGCAGUAUCCUGUUCUUGUAAGCAGAACAGACUACAAAUUUGAACCAUGUGAUGGAGAUGAGAUCCAUGUGGUGAAGCAGGACAACAAUGCAGCAGAGAUGUUGAAGAAAGCAGCUCAAACUUUCUCAACUCGUAUAGCAAGGGAGACAAAAACCAUCAAGGAAUGCCAAAGAAAAUUGGUCUAUUAUCAGUCCCUGAAAGACUCUGGUCAAAAGGUUGAUCCUGAUGAUCAGCAAGGCCCUGACAUUGACACAAAAAUUGAGAAUCUCAAGUCAAAUCUGAGGCGGGCAGAGACAGCCAAACUAAAAGCAGAAGCAAGAAAGGAUGCACUUCGAGAUGGAGGAUUGGACAUGGAGGAAUACCUGAGGAAUGCCUUUGCAGCCGCUGAAUCCCUGGACCCAGGUGAAAUGACUAGAUCAGUGUCUCAAGUCUCCAUGCGUAGUGAUGUUGAAGGAGUAUAUGAAGAUGUUGGGGAUUCCUUUGAUGAUUCUGAUUAUGAUGGUAGUUUGGAUUAUAGAGGUGGUACAGUACAAACUGAGCAGCAAGUCCAAGAGAAAGACUCAGCAUUUGAUCGUGAAACAUCUAUCACAUCAUCUGAUGUCAUACCUCAGAGUUAUGAAGAGUCAUUGGAACAAGAACCUGACAUGAUCACUGGAGAGAUGGAGUUUAGAGAGCGCACUAUGAAGGGGCAGCAGAGAGAGUGGCAAGACCCAACCCAAGUAGAUUGGGGUGAUAAAGGGCAUGACCCAUGCCCAGAGUUAGACAAUGUGGUCUCUGAGGUGAAUGGCAAUGUACCCACUGACAAGGACAAUGGUGGAUAUUUCACUCCAAUCAAAUGCAUUGCAGUUUUUGCAUAUGAGGCUCAGAAUCCAGAUGAGCUGAAUCUUAUGGAGAGUGAGAUUGUGGAAGUGAUUGGAGUGGAUGAAGAGGCAGGAGAAGGUUGGGUUCGUGCCAGAGAUUGUCAUGGACGGGAGGGUCUUGUUCCUCGCACCUACCUUGAAGUAGCUGAUUAUGAGGGCAAUGUGACCUCCUUUUCAUCUGUUGACUACCAAAUGAAUGGAAUGCAGGCUGAAGAUCAGAAUGAGGCUCUUCUCCUCAAUGGAGAGAUUGCACAUAUCAAUGAGAAAGUUCCACCUCCCAUCAAUGCUGAUGGAGAUUUUUGUCGGGCAAUCUUUGAUUAUGAAGCAUUGACUCCAGAGGAGCUGAGUUUCUAUGAUGGGCAAAUAAUUCGCAUUCUGGAUCGGCGUCCACAUAAGGAUAUGGAUGAUGGAUGGUGGAAGGGAGAGUUGGAUGGAGAGGAGGGCCUUUUUCCAUCAUGCUUGGUGGAGGACUGUCUUUGGGAUGGAGAGCCUGUCACUCCUCCUGAAUAUGUUGAGAGCAAUGACAGUCCAGUGGAAGCAGGACCGCCUCCAUUUUCUCCACCUGAUAUCCCAAAUUUCUUGCUUCCUCCUGAUGGCAUUAUCAUCACUCAACCUACUCCAGACACAGAGUUUCCACCCACUCUCCCUGCGGAACCAAAGGAUAAGGAAGUGGUUUCAUAUAGUGUCGUGAAUCGUGAUUUUAAAAUGGAGCUUAGUGAAGAACUGAAGAAACAUUGUCAAAAGGACUUGUCCUCCCCAGAAGAGAGCGAUGUCACUGAUGCUACAGGACACGCUAUUGAGUACUCUGAAUUGGUGUCCAGCCAUGGAAGCACUCCAGUCGAUGGAGAAAGCCGAAUAGAGGAUGUUCCACUGGAUGACCACCAGCUUGAAGGAGGAGGCAGAAAAGAUUUAGAUGUGGCUGAAAUAGUCAUUACUGCUGCAACACCAACUGUUGGCAGUCCUGAGGAUGAGAUUCUGCCAGAGGUGCCAGAGGUACCAGAACAGGAAGAGGAGAUGCAAUCUUGUGAAGCUGAAGUAGACUCUGCAUCAUCUUGGCAAUCAGAAGCAGUGGCAGAUAUUGAAACCAAAGCUGAAUCACAAUUAUCAGGUGAAAAUAAGCCAGAGAUAGAAGUAUUCUUCCAAGAACCUGUCUCUGCUGCUGUCGAACUGGAAGCUAGUGCAGAAGAACCUCGGAGAGAACAAGAAGCAACAAUAAUACCUGUUCAAAGAUCAGAUUCACCCACAAAAUCUGCAGCUUCUAUGAUACUUCCUGAGGAGUUGGACCCAGAGCAAUUGAAGAAAUUGGAGCACCUCAAGGAAUCAGAUGCUUGAAGGUGAAGAGUAAUUGGGGCAUUGAUUGAUGACCAAUAUGCAUGAUUCAGUGCAACCCAUUGAUAUGAUAUGGAUGAUAGUUUCUAAAACAGUAGGACUACCUUCAUUUCACAUUACCAUGUUAGACAGCACAAGAGAUGUUUAUAGUUGCAUUUCAGGAUCCUUCUAUGGUGUUCAGUGUUGAAUUGUUUUGGUCUCAAUUUGUUGCAGCUCUUAUUCUGUAAUACUGACAGUUUUUUUGUGCUUAGUUUAUUGAAUGUGUAUUGCUUUAUUUCCAAUGAGAGUCCAAAAUUCACUAAAUGAGACAGCUGGACUGUUGCUGUGCAAAUAUUCUAUGAUUAACAUGAGGCACAAGUGGAGGGAUAAGAAUUGUGUGAAUUACAAUUAUGGCUUAUGAAAGUCUUUUGCUUCAGAUGAUUGUAAGGAAGUUCUGAUUGUGGGCCAUUCAGAUUUAAUAUUCUGGUGCAAUAUACUGGUAGACACUGUUUGGAACCCAUGUGGAAAGUGAUUGAGUUCUUUGUUUCGGGCUUAGGAGUGCUAAUAGCUAUGGUCCAAGGGUGACAUUCCUGAUUGGAAAUAUUAUAAAUAAACACUUUGUCAUAGUCAAA